AUGUACGCUGCAGAGUUUCUCGUUGCCGGCCUCGCGGGGGCCUGUAUCGCCAACGCCGCAUCGGAUUUCGACAGGCGGGACGAGACGUGCUCUAUUAUAAGCCCCGAUGGGUCGAAAAAGACACACUGUCGCUCCUGUCCAGGUCUCAGCUGCGAAGUUGUCACCUCUGUGUCGGUUGGAGACAAGGUAACCUUCAGCGGCUAUGCGAGCGGAGACUGCUACGAGAAUAACUGUACCUGGGACUUUUCUCCUAAACACAAGUGUUACGUGAAUGGGUAUUAUACCAGUAGCAACUGCAACCACGAGCUCUUGUCUUCAAUAAUCAUCUCUGCACCAAGCGCAGGACCAACAAGCCCAGCACCAACAAACUCUGGAGUAGACACUAGCUUUGGGCCGACGACAACAUUCAACCCAGCAGCCACCGCGACGUCGGCCGCACCGGUGCAAAGCACGCCCACUUCAGGAUCGUCGAAAGGACUUGAUGUUGGGGAGUCGACUGGCUUGCGGUUUUUAUUACCCGCCGCUCUUUCUUUUAUUUGGUAUCAUUGA